AUGACCCAUAAGAUCUCUUCAUGCAGCUCCAUUCAGAUCCCACUCCAGCUUCCUUUCAUUUGUUUAACUGUUUUCCAAGGGCAGCUCACCUGGAUUGAAGUGAGCUUUGUUUCCGAUGGAGGAAUUGCAGGAUUGGUUACCUUUCUGUAUAUCAGCCCUGAGACUGCAAUGAGUGACUCAUCCCUGCUGUUUAUGGUUGGAGCAAACACUGUGGAAGAGCAGAGGGCUCGCUGGGAGAGAAAGCGCAGCCGGACAGCCAAGGAGCUGCUGGAAACCGAACACAAAUACCUUGAGCAGCUGGAUUUGGUGGUCACAUUCUUUGUGACAAUUUUAAAGGCCAAAGGGACAUUGAAACCUGCUGUGUUGGAAACCAUAUUUGGACCCCUGGAAUCUAUAUAUUCAGCUAGCCAGGUUCUGUCGCUUCACCUGGAGAGAGGAAAUUUGGGACUAGGAUUGGAAAAUUUCUGUCAGAAUCUGGAGCUUUAUGGCCACUACGCUGAGAAUUUGGAGCAGGCAAAUAAAACCUUGAAGGAGCAAUUGAGGAAAAAUAAGUCAUUCCGAAGGUUUAAGAAACUCCAGGAGACUCGAUCUCAGUUUCAAGGGAGGAAGCUAGAGGAUCUGCUUCCUUUGCCCCUGCAGAGGUUGUACCAGUACAAGCAUUUCCUCAGAGACCUGCUGGAGAACACCAGCCCAGGCAGUGCUGAGUACCAGAAACUUGCAAAGACUGUGAAAUAUGUUUCUGAGGUAUCUCGGUGGGUCGAAGACAUUGUUCGUAAGAGAGAGAACUCAUUGCAGCUACUUCGGGUUCAGAAACUGCUCAAAGGACAGAAGACCCAGGUGUUGACUCCAGGGCGCUGGUAUAUACGGGAAGGCUGGCUUUUGGUGGUGCCUUCAAAGGGAGAAGAAUUGAAACGCAGGAUGUUCUUCCUUUUUUCUGAUAUCUUCGUUGCAACAAAACCCUGCCACCCACUGCACCUGCUGAACUCGAACAAACUGUCAUGCCAGGCUGUCUACCCGCUUCACCAGUGUGUCGUGGAUAAAGUGUUUGGCCACACACGGAGCCAGGGAGGGCUCCUCAGCCUUUCCUUCCCACACAAGACACUGUUGUUGAUGUCCUGCGACCAACAAGAUAUUAAUGACUGGUAUCGAAGUCUCACAGCUGCAGUCAGGCAGCUGAAAGCCUGACCCACUGAGUACAAGACAG